AUGCCGCCUAAACCCAAAACCGCCGGCCCUUCAGCGCCGCCGCCGCCGCCUCCGUCAUCGCCGCCGUCGACGUCUCCGCCGCCGCCUUCGCCGCCGCUUCCGACGUCUCCGCCGCCGCCGUCGCCGCCGCUUCCGACGUCGCCUCCGCCGCAGCCGCCGCUCCCUCCGUCACCAGGCCCCAGCGUAGAAACCCGGAGCGCCGCCAAAAAAAGGGCUCGCGCCACUCGCAGCUCCACCGCCCAAGGCGCCGCCGUCCUCCACGAACCCUCCGACGACAUACAUCUCACUCCCAAGAAGAGGAAUAAAACUUCCGGCGACACCUCCUCCGCCACCGCCUCCACCUCCUCCGCCAGAUCCGUCGAAUCCGACGCCGGCGGCGGCGGCGCUGGAGCAAUUAUAAUCGAGCACAGCAAGGAGAUCACGACGUUCAAAUCCAAGGCCAAUAAAAUCAAGAAAGGGCUGAGAAAAGCGAUCCCCGGUCUAUCGGUCCGGCUGAACCCGGAAGAACCGGACGGGCGGUCCUUUCGGAUUCGGGAGGCCGUCGACGGCGGCCAGACCUUCGUCUCUUUAAUGGAUAUGGAGCCGCCGUUUCAGCCGAUGAAGGACCUCGACGUCGACGAGGUCAUCGCCGACAUCGUCAAACAGUUACAACCGCCGGAUCAAGAAUGA